UGGGAAGACAUCAUAACCAGCCAGUUGUCGGCACUCGAAGUAUCAUCAAUCAGAAUAACAAAGGAAUUUAUUCUUUUGAAAAUAUGUGGUCGAAACUUGCCGUGUUAGCCGUUUUGGCAACAGUGAAGUGUACUCCAGUGCCGGAAUAUGGAGCCGCCGAGAACUUUGUCAGUGCUGUGUCGGAGUGCAUCGAAAAAGACACAUCCGUGUGCCUCAAGGAAAAAGCUCUAAAGCUAACCGAACGACUAGCCUAUUCAAAGAACAUUGACAUCUUCGAAGGCAUGAGUUUGGUCAACCUGGGCUCAUCCAGGUCUGCCCGAAGCUACGAGCCUCUAGCCGAAGACCUGAAGACCAGGGAAUCUCAGCUGGAGGAGAGGAUCGCUGACAACUUUGGAGACUUCUUGGGCAACCACGUCCUUCAGUUGAGGCUGACAGACAACAGCGAUGAGUCCAGAGGCAUGGAUGAGGAAGGCCGCGGCAAAAAGAAGAAGCAGAUCAAGAAGCUGUUGCCCCUCCUUCUUCUGUUGAAGCUCAAGAUGGCUGCCCUCAUUCCUCUGUUCCUCGGAAUAAUCGCUUUCGUCGCCGUCAAGGCAGUUUUCCUCGGAAAGAUCAUGUUCGCUAUGAACGCUGUCAACCUGAUCAGGAAGCUUCUGUCUAAGGGAGGAUCUUCAGGUGGAGCAUCUGGCCACUCCUCGUCUCAUCAUGAAGAGCACCCAGGGUACUCUUACGAGCCAGCCCAGUCAUCUGGAUGGAGCAAAAGGGCCAAAGACGCGUCCAGUAUCGCGUACGCUGCGCAAAUCCAGCAGUGAUUUGUUCUAGUUCCAAUGUAGUGUGAAUGUUAUAAUUUAUUGCGUGAUUGUCUUUUGUUUUUGGCUGUCUGCGAAGAUGGCGUGUUGUAUUGUAUUUGUACCUCAUUAAUUUAUUGUGUGAAUAAAAGUUUUAAUUUAUUAAUUUA